CAAAUGAAACCUCAUCCUUCUGCUUUAAUAUUUUACAAGUGGUGAGAAUUUAGCGUCUGGCUGAAACAAACAGCUUUUCCACUUCUUCUCUUGCAUUUUUGCCUAAUUGAGGACUAUCUACGUUUUGCAAACAGACAAGUACACACACACACACACACACACACACACACACACGCAAGAUGCAUUUAAGCUCCAGGGCAGAGAACGUCACACUGUCUCUGAACUUCAUGGGGAGGAAGUUACGAAAUCACACAGUGGCCCCAGCUGCUAAGCAACGAGCAUGGGAGAGAACUAAUCCAUCCCAGUGUGCUGAUGAGAAUAGAGCAGGUCUGUCCAGAGUUGUGCGAGCUCAACCACUGAUGUGUAUGCAGAACGAGUUACCAGGAAGCAUACAGGACCUGAGGGAGGAAGUGCAACGUCAGCCCUGCAAUGUCCAUAACACGCGCCUUGACCAGGAGAACAAAGCAGGCAAGAUCCGGGUGUUCUGCCGUAUAAGGCCUCAGACCCGGGCAGAGUUGCAGAGGGGCAGCAGCACCAUUGUGUCAUGUUUGGAUGAUUACUCGGUGAUCCUGGAAACUCCACGAGGACCUCGAGAGUUUCAAUUUGACAAGAUCUUCACUGAAGAGCACACACAGGACGAUGUGUUUCAGGAGUCCUGCAGGCUAAUUCAAUCAGCAAUCGAUGGCUUCAAUGUAUGCAUCUUUGCAUAUGGACAGACUGGCUCAGGAAAAACUUUUACUAUGUUGGGGGAUAGAGAGCAGAAAAACCCUGGAAUCAUUCCUAGGACUUUUACUAGGAUCUUUGAGAUCAUCCAAGAGAAUGAGACCAAAUUUGAGUUCAAGGUCUUGGCUUCUAUGUUGGAGUUGUAUAAUGAUCGGCUCCAGGACCUCUUUGUGAGCCCAUCUGAGGCACUAUCAAAACGCAUCGAGAUUAAAAAGGACAAAAAGGGACUCAUGUUUGCUCAAGGAGCAGAGGCAAAAGAAGUAACUAGUGCUGGCGAGCUCUUUGCUGUCUUCGAACUGGGCUCUGCCAACCGCCAUAUUGCAGCUACCAAGAUGAAUAUAGAAAGCUCUCGCUCUCAUCUGAUCAUCAGCAUCAUGCUGGAAAGUCGCAACCUGGCCAAUGGCAGCAUGACAUUUGGCAAGCUGAGCCUUGUUGACCUGGCAGGAAGCGAGAGAGCAGCGAAGACAGGAGCUAAAGAUGACCAGCUGAAGGAGGCUAAUUCUAUUAAUAAGUCUUUGAGUGCUCUGGGUGACGUGAUCUCAGCUCUAGCUAUGGAGCAAGCUCAUGUUCCCUACCGCAACAACAAGCUGACACAGCUUAUGCAGGACUCACUGGGGGGCAAUGCCAAGACUCUGAUGUUUCUCAAUAUCUCUCCUUCUGACUGCAACCUGGAUGAGACCCUUACCUCACUCAUAUAUGCCUCCCGAGUAAAGGCCAUCACCAAUCAUGCACAGAGGAACAUGGAGAGCAAAGAGAUUGCUCAACUCAAAGAGGUGAUUUUGAAACUAAAAUCAGGACAAACUGUGGAAGAGGAAGAUGCAUGAAUGAAGCUCAGUCAAAUUCAGCACAAUUUCU